CUUAACUUCUUAAAAGGCAGAUGUAUUUCCCAGCUGCAUAAGUUCAUUAUUAUUAGUAUCUGACAUACUCGCGGAAACCUUGUCUUUACUUUGUACACACCAUACCCACUUGUCUGCCUGUACUUUUAUUCCUUUACAGUGGACAUUGAUAGUAUAUAAAUAAAAUUCCCUGUUUUAAACAGAAGAUAUGCAGCACAGGUAUAACUAAAGGUACCAAGAAGCCUUAUGUAAAAAUGCUGAAUGUCCCACCUAAGAUGGAUUUAUUGGCAACUUUGAUUUUUUUGUUAGAACACCAACACUAUCAUUCUCUUUUGUAUUUGGGUUUUUAUGAGAGGUAGUCAAACUCCUUGUAAUGUUACCAGUUGAGGCAGGGCAGUACUGAAGCAUCUGAAAUGUAAGGGAAAGGCCAAGUAUUAACACGAUGGGUGAACAUUCUGGCCUGCAGUAUGUCAGCCCCUAUGCAUUUGAAGCAAUGCAGAAAGUAGAUGUGGUACGCUUAGCUGCCCUAAGUGACCCUGAACUGAGGCUUCUCCUUCCUUGCUUUGUCCGCAUGGCCUUGUGUGCCCCAGCAGACCAAAGUCAGAAAUGGGCCCAGGAUAAGAAGCUGCUGCUCCGGUUGCUCUCAGGAGUAGAGGCUGUUAAUUCUAUUGUGGCUUUACUGUCGGUGGAUUUUCAUGCAUUAGAACAAGAUGCUAACAAAGAACAGCAGCUGAGACACAAACUAGGAGGAGGCAGUGGGGAGAGUAUCUUGGUAUCACAGCUGCAGCAUGGAUUAACGCUGGAGUUUGAGCACAGCGAUUCUCCUCGCAGAUUACGCCUAGUGUUAAGUGAACUGUUGGCUAUAAUAAAUAAGGUAGCUGAUUCAAGUGGUGAGUUCUUUCUGAAAUCAUCUGAACUCUUUGAAAGCCCUGUACACAUGGAGGAAGCUGCAGAUGUUCUCUGCAUUUUACAAGCAGAAUUACACACUCUUUUACCAAUUAAUGACAUGGCUGAAGCACUGCUCCACGUACGCAACGGAGCUUGGUUUCUUUGUUUGCUAGUGGCUAAUGUUCCUGACAGCUUCAGUGAAGUUUGUAGAAGUUUAAUUAAAAAUGGAGAGCGUCAGGAUGAGGAAAGCAUUGGUGGAAGGCGUAGAACUGAAGCCUUGCGCCAGCUGUGCAAGAUGAAUCCAUCUCAGGCCCUUAAAGUGCGCAGCAUGGUGGUAGAAGAAUGUCAUCUCCCUGGACUUGGAGUAGCUUUGACAUUGGACCACACAAAGAAUGAGGUGGGCGAAGAUGGAGUAAGCAAUAUGGUGUGUUUUGUGAGUGGAUUGCUACUGGGAACAAACACAAAAGUCCGAACUUGGUUUGGAACAUUUAUCCGGAAUGGUCAGCUGAGAAGGCGAGAGAAUAGCAGUUCAGUACUGUGGCAAAUGAGAAGACAGCUUCUUUCAGAACUAAUGGGAAUUCUUCCAGCUGCGAAAAGUAUAUCUGUGGCAGAUGAGGCUGAAAAGUCCCAGGAACCUGGAGUAUCUGUGCAUCCUGGACUGAAAGAGGAACAUGUUGUGAAAGCCAGUGCCUUGCUUCGCCUUUACUGUGCUUUAAUGGGAAUUGCUGGCCUCAAGCCCACGGAUGAAGAGGCAGAACAAGUCCUUCAGUUAAUGACAAGCCGCCCUCCUGCAACCCCUGCUGGUGUGCGUUUUGUUUCACUGUCUUUCUGUAUGCUUCUGGCUUUUUCUACAGUUGUCAGUACCCCUGAACAGGAGCAGCUGAUGCUGAUGUGGUUAAGUUGGAUGAUAAAAGAAGAGGCAUAUUUUGAAAGUACCGCAGGUGUGUCUGCUUCAUUUGGAGAGAUGCUGCUGUUGGUCGCAAUGUAUUUUCACAGCAACCAGCUCAGUGCUAUCAUUGAUCUGGUCUGCUCCACUUUGGGAAUGAAGAUUGUUAUAAAGCCAAGUUCACUUAGUAGAAUGAAGACGAUAUUCACCCAAGAAAUUUUUACAGAACAGGUUGUUACAGCUCAUGCAGUACGAGUGCCAGUUACAAGUAACCUCAGUGCUAAUAUUAGUGGAUUUCUACCUAUCCAUUGUAUAUAUCAGCUACUGAGAAGCCGAGCAUUCACUAAGCACAAAGUGUCAAUAAAGGACUGGAUUUACACACAGAUCUGUGAAACAACUACUCCUCUACAUCAGCAGCUCUUACCUCUAAUAGAUGUUUAUAUCAACUCUAUUAUCACUCCUGCAUCAAAGUCCAGUCCAGAAGCCACAAACAAGCCAGUCACAGAGCAGGAAAUCCUGAAAGUUUUUCAUGGGCUUACAGGAGAGAACUCACGUGCCAAGCCUCAUACGAUCACGACUCAGCUUCUGAUGUUGUACUAUGUCUUGUCUUAUGAAGAGGCACUUUUGGCAAACUCUAAGUCCCUUGCUGUGAUGCAGAGAAAACCCAAAUCUUAUUCUUCAGCAAUGAUGGACCAGAUUCCCAUAAAAUAUCUUAUUCGUCAGGCCCAGGGUCUACAGCAGGAGCUAGGAGGUUUGCACUCUGCAUUACUGCGUCUGCUUUCUACUAACUAUCCUCAUCUGUGUAUUGUGGAUGACUGGAUCUGUGAGGAGGAGAUCACUGGAACAGAUGCUCUUUUAAGGAGAAUGCUAUUAACCAGUUCUGCCAAAAGUCAUUCGCCAAAGCAGCUUCAGGAAGCAUUUCAGCUUCUUCAAAGCAACCACACCCAUGUCAUGCAAAUUCUGGAGCACCUGACCUUGCUUAGCGCUAGUGACCUCAUACCUUAUGCAGAAGUGAUUACUGCUAACAUGAUCCAACUGCUGAAUGUUGGUGUCCCUCGAAGAAUUCUUCAAACCGUCAAUAAGCUCUGGAUGACUUUGAACACUGUAAUGCCAAGAAGAUUGUGGGUGAUGACCGUAAAUGCGUUGCAGCCGCCUCUGAAGUUAGCGCGACAUCACAAGUACACACAAAAUGAUCUCAUGAUUGAUCCUUUAAUAGUACUUAGAUGUGACCCAAGAAUCCAGAGAUGUCCACCAAUUAUGGAUAUCACCUUACAUAUGCUAAAUGGCUACCUUUUGGCAUCCAAGGCUUACUUGAACUCUUACUUGAAAGAGACAGCAGAUCAAGACAUGAAACCAUCACCAAAUAAUACAGCAGCUCUAGCAGGCCAAGUAGAAGCUAUGGAGGUAACUAGAGAAGAACUGAAAAAUGCUCUCCUUGCAGCUCAGGAUAGUGCAGCUGUACAGAUAUUGUUGGAGAUCUGCCUUUCUGCAGAGGAGGGGAAAGAUCAGAAUCCUGCAUGUUCCCAACUCCUAGAAGGGGAGGAAAGCCUGCUGUGCAACCUGAGAGAAGUGCAGUGCCUCAUAUGCUGCUUACUGCAUCAAAUGUUCAUUGCAGACCCAAACAUUGCUAAACUGGUGCAUUUUCAGGGUUAUCCGUGCCAGCUGCUGCCACUGACUGUUGCUGGAAUCCCCUCAAUGCAUAUCUGUCUUGAUUUUAUCCCAGAGCUUAUUGCUCAGCCAGAACUAGAGAAACAGAUUUUUGCUAUCCAGCUCCUUUCUCAUUUGUGCAUCCAGUAUGCGUUGCCAAAAUCUCUUAGCAUGGCUCGCUUGGCCAUUAAUGUAAUGGGGACUCUGCUCACAGUUCUAACCCAAGCCAAGCGGUUUCUGUUUUUUAUGCCUACACUGCCAUGUUUGGUAUCUUUCUGCCAAGCAUUUCCUCCAUUGUAUGAAGAUAUCAUGUCACUGCUGAUACAAAUUGGACAGGUCUGUGCAUCAAAUGUGACAACACAAACAAGAGAUGUUGAUCCAGUUAUUACACGUCUCCAGAAGCUAAAAGAGAAACCAAAGGAAUUGUCAGGAACAUCUAUCCCUUCACCGAUGCCAGUUACUGCACUGAAAGACACUGAGAGUUUGGACCCUGAUGUACAGCUAUGUCAGCGUGUUGAAAGCACCAUCGUUGAAAUAAUUAACAUGAGUGUCACAGGAGUAUAGAAAUAUCCUGCUAUAUGAAAGUGCCUAGUGUAAAAGGCAGGGUUAGACUGGGAGAGAGACUUGCAGAUGGCACCUUCUGAGACCCUGAAAGGAGUUUUAUAUCUUUAUAAUGACAUGAUAAUAAAUCUCAAAAACUGUUCAGUGCUUUUCCUCAAAGCAUCAGUCAACUCUGUUCUUCAGCAAAUGUGCCCUGGCUAUGGCAUUUUCAUCUUGAUUUUGGAAGGUGAAAGAUUCUGUACAGACCAAAAACUUAACCCUGGUAAUAAGCUUAUGCUUAAUAACACACCUCCUUCUUUGGAUGACAGCAAAUACACAAAGAGGCUUAAAUGUUAAUUUUUAAGAAAGAAGAUUGACAUAUUGUGGUGGUGUAUGCAACAAAAUAUAAUUCUAAAAGGUGGAAGUCACAGUGUUUGUGCAAGCCCUUUGUUUCGGAACCAUUCAGUUGGGCAGCAUACCUGCCACAUGGAAUAACAUUUUUGAAUUUGACAACAUAUUCAGAAGCUGACUUUGAGCCAGAGCUAGCUAAGGUCCUUGUGGUUCUGUGGUAAAUUUUGUACAAAAGGGACAUUAGUUUAUGAAGUAUAAUUAAAGUGAUAAUGAGCCAAAUCUCUGUUUAAUUAGCCUUCAGGCAGAGCCCCACCCCAGAGGGAGCAGCCUUGCAUUUUGCGAACCACUUGUUUUAAAGUAUAAAAUAUUGGUCAGUAAUCUCCUUUGCUAUGAAAGAAAGAGGAAAAAGCAAAAGAUAUUAAAGUUUUACACAAGUAAUAAGUAAAACAAAAGAACAAGAAACUUGGCAAGAGAUGAGAAUACUGUGGGACUGGGACCUUAUUCACUGUUCAUUUAAUUGGUCAUGUUAGCUCUGAUUGAGCAGGAUGCUAUUUUUAUUGAAGUUUGUAAAUCCAAUUUUAGAUGAUCAAUUUUAUCUCAAAGCAGACUUUUUAUGAUGGUAAUGUAAAAAGAAAAUAAAUCCUAUGGGGAUUAUAUUGAUAUAUGUUUCCUAUAGGUAUUCGACAUGGGGAGUCUUAUUUAUUUGUAAAUUGUAUUUCUUUAUAUGAGCUGGGGCAGCAACACACGCUCUGAUCCCUUUACCCAAAGGCUCCAAAUUGCCAUCCGUCAGAUUACCAUGAAAAAUGGUAGAAUGUUUGUGUGGUGUUUCCAAGCAAUUAUUUUUAGUACUUUUUACUAAGCAUAAUGUGGAAUUAUCCUUCCUUGUUUUAAUCAAGGAAGCAAUAAAAUGUUCCUUUAACAUUUC